UUUGCGGUGCCCAAAGGUUUAGGAGGUUUUAAAUUCAGAUCUGUGAUUGAAGUCUAGAGACAUUUGGCGCUGAAUGAUCCUGAACAAAAACAGGAAGAGGAGGAUCCAGUGAAACCACCGCCUCAGAACAUGACCUGUCACAUCAGCACUAGACGGGAUGUGAAGAAAGUUCUGUUUGUUCCUUAUGCUCUGCACGACAGAGACGCCUACAGCAGAAGUGCCCGGACCAAGUUCCAAGCCCUGGGUUACGAGUUGGAGAGCAUCCACGAGGCCUCGGACCCGGUCGACGCCGUCAGGAAGGCUGAGGGCAUUUUUAUAGGUGGAGGAAACACCUUCCGGCUGCUAAGAAGCCUCUACGACAACAAAGUGGUGACGGCGAUCCGGAGGCGAGUCCUGGAGGACGGCGUCCCCUACAUGGGGUCCAGUGCCGGCACCAACGUGGCCACCGUCAGCAUCAGCACCACCAACGACAUGCCCAUCGUCUACCCUCCGUCCUUCUCUGCCAUUGGCCUCGUCCCCUUCAACAUCAACCCUCACUACCUGGACCCUGACCCAAAUAGCCGCCACAUGGGGGAGACCAGAGAGCAGAGGAUCACCCAGUACCACGAAGAACCCGAUACUCCUUGUGUCCUGGGACUGAGGGAAGGUUCCAUGCUGCUGGUGGAGGGAAACAAAGCCACGCUACUUGGAACUACCAGGGCCAGACUGUUCACCAGUAAUGAAUGGUGUGUAUGUUCCAGGGGGAAAAGGCCGGUGGAAUACGAUCCUGGUAGUGACAUGAGCUUCCUGCUGACAGACCUGAACUGAACGAUGGCCACGGAACCCAGGUCCUGGUUCUGCUCAGAACAGAAUAAAGAUUUGACAGAAACACAA